AUGGCUGGUUUAGACUUAGGCUCAGCUUCUCGCUUUGUUACUCAGCUUCACAGGCCUGAUCUCCAGCUUCAAAGACCAGUGGCCAACUCCGAAGAUGACAGCAAUCGGAACCAAUUUUCCGGCGAGAACGACGAUGAAUCUCACCAAGCUGGUCUAGAGCUGGUCACAUCAAACACAAGCUCAGGCGAUGUUGUGGCUCGUCGGCCAAGAGGCCGGCCACCUGGCUCCAAAAACAAGCCUAAACCCCCGGUGAUAAUCACCCGAGAGAGCGCCAACACGCUCCGGGCACAUAUAUUAGAGGUCAGCAGCGGCUGUGAUGUGUUUGAAUCAGUUGCAACGUAUGCUAGAAAAAGGCAAAGAGGUAUUUGCAUAUUGAGUGGUAGUGGCACCGUCAACAAUGUGAGCUUGAGGCAACCGGCUGCUGCGGGCUCAGUCGUGACGUUACAUGGCCGGUUCGAGAUUUUAUCAUUGUCGGGCUCCUUCCUUCCACCGCCAGCUCCACCGGGUGCCACCAGUUUGACCAUAUAUUUGGCUGGUGGACAAGGUCAAGUUGUUGGAGGAAAUGUUGUGGGAGCUUUGAUUGCUUCUGGACCUGUGAUUGUUAUUGCUGCUUCUUUCACUAACGUAGCAUAUGAAAGGCUGCCUUUGGAUGAAGAUGAUCACUCACUUCAGAUGCAGCCACCUGCGGCGUCUCAGACCUCCGGUGGUGGCGGUGGCAGUGGGGGUAGUGGUGCUGGUGCUGGUGGCUCAAAUAAUCAAUUUUCUGAUCCAUCUUUAGGGCUUCCCUUUUUCAAUCUGCCGAUAAAUAUGCCUAAUAGUCAGCUUCCAAUGGAGGGUGGAGGAUGGACAGGGAACUCGACGGGGCGGCCACAGUAUUAG